CCCUCCCUGUUUCUCAACAGGUGGAUUGGCAUCCUGACCUUGUACCUGAUGCACAGAGGGAAGCUGGACUGUGCCGGCGGAGGCCUGCUCAGCAGUUACUUGAUCGUUCUCAUCAUUCUCCUGGCAGUUAUUAUAUGUACCGUGUUGGCCAUCGUGUGCGUCAGCAUGAAAGGAACCAUUUGUAAUCCUGGACCGCGGAAAUCUAUGUCUAAGCUGCUUUACAUCCGCCUAGCUCUCUUUCUGCCAGAGAUGGUCUGGGCUUCUCUGGGGGCCUCCUGGAUAGCAGACAGUGUUCAGUGUGACAAGACAGUUGUGAAUGGCAUCAUCGCAACCGUCGUCAUCAGCUGGAUUAUCAUCUUCUCCACUGUGGUCACCAUUAUCAUUGUCUUCGACCCACUGGGGGGGAAAAUGGCUCCGUAUUCCUCUGCUGGUCCUGGUCACCUGGAUAGUCACGAGUCAAGCCAGUUACUGACCGGCCUCAGGACAGCAGCCACCAGUGUGUGGGAAACCAGAAUCAAGCUCUUGUGCUGUUGCGUUGGGAAAGACGACCAGACUCGAGUUGCUUUCUCGAGCACUGCCGAGCUUUUGUCCACCUACUUCUCAGACACGGACCUGGUGCCCAGUGACAUCGCGGCAGGCCUCACUCUUCUCCAUCAGCAGCAGGACAGCAUCAGGAAUAACCAGGAGCCCGACGAGGUGAUCAGCCAUUCCCCAGAGCCCGCCCAGGAAGCUGACUUGGAUGCAGAACUAGAAAACUGCCACCAUUACAUGCAGUUUGCAUCAGCCGCCUACGGGUGGCCACUUUACAUCUAUAGAAACCCGUUCACAGGCCUCUGCAGGGUCGGCGGUGACUGUUGCAGAAGCAGGACGACAGACUACGACUUGAUUGGAGGUGAUCAGCUCCCCUGCCACUUCGGCUCCAUCCUGCAGACGACGGGGCUCCAGCACCGGGAUUUCAUCCACAUAAGCUUUCACGACAAGAGGCUUUUCAGACCCCCUGGAAGCCCGCACGGGUUUAACGUAGAUGGAGCAAAACGUCUCCGUCAGAGGUGUGAUGCUGUUUUACAUGAGUCCGUCUUUUAUGGGAGAACAGUGUACGAGCUUCCCUUUUUAGUGGCUCUGGACCACAGGAAGGAAUCUGUCGUGGUGGCCGUGAGAGGGACCAUGUCGCUGCAGGACAUCCUUACGGACCUGUCAGCAGAGAGCGAGACCCUCGACCUGGAGUGCGAGGCACAGGACUGUUUGGCACACAAGGGGAUUUCUCAAGCCGCCAGAUAUGUGUACCAACGACUCAUCAACGAUGGGAUUUUGAGCCAAGCCUUCAGCAUUGCUCCUGAAUACCGGCUUGUCAUCGUGGGCCACAGCCUGGGAGCGGGUGCUGCUGCCCUACUGGCCAUCAUGCUCAGAAAAGCAUACCCAGAAGUCCGAUGUUAUGCCUUCUCCCCGCCCAGGGGGCUGCUCAGCAAAUCCCUUCAUGAAUACUCUAAGAACUUCACCGUGUCACUUGUCCUAGGCAAGGAUGUGAUUCCCAGGUUAAGUGUGACCAAUAUGGAAGAUCUGAAGAAGAGAGUCUUGCGAGUGAUCGCUCACUGUAACCGGCCCAAGUACAAGAUUCUGCUGCGCGGGUGCUGGUAUGAGCUGUUUGGAGGGGACCCCGAUAACUUUCCAACGGAGCUGGAUGGGGGCGACCACGGAGACCUGACACAGCCUCUGCUCGGGGAGCAGAGUCUGCUGACACACGGGUCCUCAGCUUACAGCUGCUUCAGUGAUUCCCCGCUGGACUCCCCCACCAAGUACCCCCAUCUCUACCCUCCCGGCAGGAUCAUCCACCUGGAGGAAGAGGGCACUGCAGGGAGGUUUUCCUGUUACACCACACAGUACACCGCCAGGUGGGCGCAUGAGUCAGAAUUCAGCAGGCUCCUCAUCGGCCCCAAGAUGCUGACGGACCACAUGCCCGACAUCCUGAUGAGAGCCUUGGACAGCAUAGUGUCCGACAGGGCCACCUGCAUUUCCUGUCCAGCCCAAGGGGGCCCGCACGUGGACCUGGUGUGACCAGAGCUGCUGGAGGCCACCCCAGCACGACGGACUCAGACUCACACUGUCCUUAAAGUGACUCAACGUCUGCGCAGUGCCCGUGAUGCCGUGCACUGAAGGCACUGGAUGGAUGGGCACUCAGGUCGCCAGUCUAAAGGCCCGGCUGGUCUGAGAAGCCGUUUCGAUUGCGGAUUCUGCAGGCUCAGGAGUUAGGAAAGCACGGAGCUCACGGAGCUCAUGGCACUGCUGAGAACGAAUGUGUGGGAAGCUUCAAGGAGCUGCUUCCCCUGGGGCCUGCUGCCUCCUGGGCACCUGGGAGCCGCCGGGGGAGGGGCGGGAGUGCCCGAGCCAGGUUUAUGGCCCUCCCGGGUCUGUGGCCUCCCCCUGCGCAGGCCACUUCUCACUGACAGUCUUGUCCCUGUGGAGAUGAGUCUGAACUUGGCAGACAGGUGUACAGUUUAUUUUACAACUGGAUUUUCCUGGCUACACUAACUGUCCUCAGCUGUGAGGACACGUACUGGGGCUUGCUUCUGGUCAUUAAGGGUCGGCCCUGAGCUGCGACUGGGAAUCAGGACAAAACCAGCUCAGGAAAGUGAGUGGAGACCAGCUCCUGCCCCGCGCCCCCCCAGCCGCAGCGCCAGGCCCUGGCCCUGUUUACACUGUGUGGUGGUUUCAUCAACAUCCGGUUGAUUUAAACACUCCUUCUGGCUCUUGGAGAUGGACCAGUGGAUUCAGAGGGAAUUUAAAAAGUAAAGCACUUACACGUCACUAGUGUCUACCGUGAUGUGCUCUUCUAGUGGAAGUUUCCAGGAAGGGCUUUUACUGGGAGGUUUUACAGCAAUCUUUUAAGCAUUCUGUCCACUGCAAACAAAAUGAAGUCUUAAAUUUUCUCAGUCUUGUGGCUAAAGAUUGCACAGCUGUCUGAUUCCACCCCACCCCCCACCCCGAGAUCCCAUAAAAUGACAGUAAAGGGAUUUCUUUAAAAAGCAUAAAGUUACAAGAAAGGGGAAAAGAGACAGGAACAAUGAGAAGGCUCGAGUUAAACAGAAUCCGGAGGGAAGUGGGGGAGGGAGGACAAGCCAGCCCGCCUCCCGGCCCAGAUCCCCACGGGCUGCUGACGCAGGGGCUCACUGAGGGGGCCCCUGAAGCUGGGAGAAACUCGGCCCUUCUUGUGCUUUGGGGCGGGGGUGGGGGACACCUGCACAGCUGAGGGCGAGGGAAUGACAUUCCCCAAUUCCUCCCACGUGGCUCCCAGGACCUUAAAGGAGAAAAACCACCAGAGAAAUCUGACCUCUAGGGAUACCUCCCAUCAGGGCCUCUGAGCUGUCACCACCAGACCAUGUCAGCUUCUGAAAACCUGCAAAGGGCCAUCUGAAGAACUUCGAUUGAAAUGCCACGGUAACGUCCAGUUGCUGCAAGUUCUAUUUCUAAACACGAUUCCUGUACACUCAGGGCACGAAGGUAAAUGGUCGCAGACACACUUUGAACACUCCCUUCUGAGCCGUGCGCUUGGUUUCCAGUCUGCUUUUGAGGUCCUUAACCUUUAAGCACGAGCCAAGGAUGGCCAGUCGCGAGGAACGAGGGACCCAGAGAAAUGGAAGUGGGAGAAGCUUCAAACGCCCCCAGCUGCAGCUCGGGAACAAAGUGCUGCAACCACAAAACAGGCCGAAACAUGGUAUCCAGAGGACAGAACAGAUGAACAUUAAAAGCACGAAAGAUGAAUAAAAACGGACACCUGACUAAUGGGAGGUAGGAGCUUCCAGAUGGAAAGAGGCCACAGAACAUGACAUCAAAAUAAACUCAGGACACACAAGACGGGGGGAAGACUUGAAAAUAAAAGUAUUCCCCGCAAAGGAAAUGGCCAAGUGGGGGAGCUGCCUCCAAAAAUCUGAAGUUACUUCCAGCCCGGAAUUUUAGAGCCAGGCAAAAAUAUCAGAGUGGAGUGAAGUUAUUUUCAAAGAUGUAAGGGCUCAAAAAUGUAGGUUUCCUACACAUUCCUUUUCAGGAAGCUCUUGAACAAUCUGUUCAUCAAAAUAGGAAGUAAAUUUAAAAAUGAGUCACGUGUAGGCAAUAAACGAACAUAUUUGAGAAAUGGUGGUCAGAGGAUUUAGAGACUAGGGAAAUUGAUGAAAUACAUAAUACAUGUGAACAUCUUGAGAGAUUUAGACAACAGAUGGCAGGCCACAGUUAAGUACCCAGAAAACUAAGCCUUAUAUAAAGAUCCCCAAAGAAACCAAAAGUAGUCGUGCGGGCAGGCCAGGUUUGGUGCCACCCAGCUCAGCCGCGUGCUUACGUGGUAAUCACAGACACUAAUAGUAGCAGCAGACAACACAGGAGCAUGGGGAAGGCGUUGGGGGCCAGCGGUGCCCUGGAAGACAGCCCUUGUGUCUGCCGCGACGGGAAUGUCUGUUCACGGCUGAAACUGCGAAACCCAACCAGCAAUAAAAGCAUGUGAUUGAGAGUGACCCCGGGACGGGGCAGCAGCUCCAUCAAUUUUCACCUGCCAGUGAUUUAACCAGUCCCGCCUGUGUGGGCAAGCCUCCACACCAGCCCAGAGGCGGCGUCCUGGGAGCUUCCAGUUGGUGGACACAUGGAUACAGGGAAAUGGCAUGCUGAGGGAGCAUGGAAGUCCCACACCCCUGCCCCGCCCCUGGCCCCACCUGGCAUGUCUUUUCUACCUGGCUGUUCCUGAGUUAUGUCCUUUUACAAUAAGCUGGCAAUCUAUUAAAAAAAAAAAAAAAUUAUAUAUAUAUAUAAAAUUUAGGCAUAUGGAGGCAAAUUAUGAAAAAUUAGUUGAAAGAACUCAAAGUAGUUACAUCUGAGGAGGGUAAAAGGAGAAGACUCUUUGUAGCAAACUUUUAUAACUAUUUGGUUUUUAAACAGCAUACUUUAUCUUUGGUUAAAACUCAAAAAUAAUCUUCAAAAUAAAGAAUAUUUAGAAAAUGGA